AUGAGGAAGUCUUGACUUAGGACUGGGAAGGUCCCCCCCCCCCCCCCUUUUUUUCUAAGUAAAUCGAGACGUGCUGUAAGAUCUGUUACCCAUUACACAGAAAGGAGGGAAUCCUUCGAAGCAGAUAGGAUAAUGACUGAGGCUGCUUUCACUGGAGGAGGCCUGCUUUUGUAUCUUCUCUACAGGCAUGGUUUGCAACUGGACCCCGACCCAGACCAGGAAGGAAACCUGCAUCAUGUGGUUACUAAAUGCUCUUCAUUUACCUAUUGAUGCCUCCCAAAAAGAGACGCCAAAGACAGUCCUGCAAAGCCCAGCUGCUAUUCCACCAACAGCCACUGAAGGGCCCCAAACAUUAUGAAUCGCUCCAGCAGCCCAUUACCCACACUGUACAGGUGCCCAGCAAGCCCAUUGAUCAGGACACCAUCACUUCUUGGGUAUUACCUCAGUUUGAUACAACAGCUGAAAGCCAGUUUCCAGUGCACCGGAAACAUCGUUCCCGAGACCAGACAAGACGCUUGACUCGAAGAUCUACCUGCAAGUUCCCAUGUCUAACCUUUGAGAGUCCACAGUCUUCCAGUUCAGAGACGCUGCUGAUAUCCGUGAACAGGGAAGAGCCCUGUCAGUCAGAAAAGGACGCUCCCAGGAGGCCUUUAGUGCCACUGCUCAGUCCCCAGAGCAGUGGGGAGCCGUCACUGCAUGCCCUUCAAAGCUUACCCCAUGUGUUCAUGCCCCCUGAUAUCCAGACCCCAGAGGCGUCUGUGAGGGAAGAUUCCAUUUCCCCAGACCAGAAGGAAAACCGUCUUCCAGGCAGCAUCCUGGGCCCCAGAAUUCCCAGCAGCCCAGAGCCCGGGCCUGUUCUGGUCAAGGACACUCCUGAGGAGAAGUACGGGAUAAAAGUCACAUGGAGACGCAGAAGGCACCUGUUUGCCUACCUGAAAGCGAGAGGGAAGCUGGACAAGAGCCAGUUCCUUGUGAAGAUCUGACUGGAUGUCACGGACUUCAGUUCAUCUCAAAGCUGCUGACGGUCGUGGUUUCCGAAAUCUCUCUGGCUUGAAAGAACGAAACGGAGUGAACACUAAAAGGAGGAAGACUUAGCUAGAGGCCUGGAAUUGGGAUUCGGUUUCUAGAUUUGAUUUUUAAGCUACCUCGGAUGGGAAAGAGUUGAGUUCAGUGCCAUGAGCUGUUGAACUGUUGCUGCUUUUCUCAUAUUAACUGUUUAAACCUCUAAAGUAUCUCGCACGGUUUGCGAUGUUUGUAAAUAAAUGACUGCUCCAA